AGAGCGGCGGGGGAGUGGGGCGCGAUUAUUAAAGCAAACACCAACACCCCACCCCUCUUCUCCCCUUCAAAGUGGCCCCAUCCAUGGCCUCCGGUCAAACCCUAGCCCCCAAAUCGCCCCCACAACCCCAAUCCCUUCUCGUCCGCGUCGGCGGCGGCGCCCUCCUCAAACCCUAAUCUUCCGAUCCAUCAGCCCCUGCGGAGCUAACCACCUAGGGUUUCGGAGGCAUGGAGGGAGGUGGUGGUGGUGGUGGUGGUGGUGGUGGAGGAGGAGCGGAUGUGGAGCUCGUGUGCAAGACGCUGCAGUUCGAGCACAAGCUCUUCUACUUCGAUCUGAAGGAGAACCCUAGGGGGAGGUACCUGAAGAUCUCGGAGAAGACCGCGGCGACGAGGUCCACCAUCAUCGUCCCCGUCGCCGGGAUCGUCUGGUUCCUCGACCUCUUCAACUACUACAUCGGCACCGACGAGCGCGACGCCUUCAGCAAGGAGCUCAAGCUCGACACCAAGGUGUUUUACUUUGACAUCGGGGAGAAUAAAAGAGGGCGCUUUUUGAAGGUUUCAGAGGCAUCCGUCAAUAGAAACCGCAGCACAAUUAUUGUUCCAGCUGGAAGCUCUGGUGAGGAAGGUUGGGAAGCAUUCAGGAAUGUCUUGUUAGAGAUAAAUGAUGAGGCCUCUCGGCUUUACAUCGUUCCAAAUCAGCAACACAUGGAACCUCCUGAGCGCCUUCCUGGACUCUCGGAUGAUGUUGGGGCCGGAUUCAUAUCGGGUCAUGGGUCCCAGUCGGCCUCUGGGUCAGAGUUGCCUGUUGACAGAUUGGUCGAACUGCCUCCGCAGGAUGAAGUCGGAGGCAUGGGGAUGUCUAAAGUAAUAAGGGCAGACCAGAAGAAAUUUUUCUUUGAUUUGGGGAGCAAUAAUAGGGGCCACUUUUUGAGGAUAUCAGAGGUUGCUGGAGCAGAUCGCUCGUCGAUCAUCCUACCAUUAUCCGGCUUAAAGCAGUUCCACGAAAUGAUUGGUCAUUUUGUCGACAUAACCAAGGACAGGCUUGAAGGGAUGUCGGGCCCAAAUGUACGCAACGUCGAGCCGGCACAAAGAUAAUCAGUUUGAUCGUUUCGGGUUUUGUUUGCUUGUUUUUCUAGCCCUCUCUGGUAACUAAUUGUUCCUUAGAAAGUUGCCUGUUUGUGUAGAGCAUGGAGUUUAUGUUAAUUCAUAUCUGGAGGAUAAUAAUCUUAGGUUUGCCUGUUUCGUGGUGGAGAGGUGAAUUGUUUGCCGAGCUUUCUUUGUGAGGAAUAAUGAGCAUACAUUGUUCUUAUGGUGGUAUAAAAGGGUGGCUCCUGCAUCAUGUGAUACCGUGGUUUCA